AUGCUUUCUUAUACCUCAUGGGGAGCCCAUUCAUCUGUACUUCUCAAGAUCCACAAAUCCCUAAUUCUUUCCAAAAUAGAUUAUGGAUCUCCUCUAUUCUCGUCAGCAAUCCAAUCUCACCUAAAAAAGCUCGAAAAUAUUCACAACUCAGGAAUGCGCCUGGCAAUAGGCGCUUUCCGAUCCAGCCCAAUAGAUAGCAUAUCCAAUAUAGCAGGAAUACCCUCCCUAUCACUAAGAUGGGCCGAACAAAAAUCACUACUGGCAGCCAGAAUCCAUAGAUCUCCACAAGGAAUCUCCACAUCUCCCAAUAAUCUAUUCACAAAUUUACAAGACAAAUUGAACCUAGAUCAGAUCUUACCAUCAACUACUAGCCUUCAGCCAACUUGGACAAUCACCCUAGAUAUCAACCUCGAACUACAUCAGCUCCCCAAAAAGGACACAAAUCCUAAAAUAUAUAAAUAUCAUUUUAAUGAAAUCAUAGCCAAUGCCGAACCUCAUAUACAGAUAUACACAGACGCAUCUAUAACAAAUCAAAGAGUUGGGGCUGCAAUCAUAUGUGGUGACACCGAAAUCCAACUUAAACUAUCUGACAAAUGCUCAAUAUAUACCGCUGAAGCCAUGGCUAUACUAGAAGCAAUCAAAUAUUUCAUACAAUCCGUCGACGACAAACGCUGUAUUAUACUAAGCGAUUCACUCAGUGCAAUAACAAGCCUCAAAAAUAUAAAUAACCCUACCGAUAUAGCUAGAAACAUCCACAACCUUUGUCACAUUGCACAUUCUGCCGGGAAACACAUAUCCUUCAUGUGGAUUCCAGGACAUUGUAAUAUAACAGGUAAUGAAAAAGCUGACGAGGUCGCAAAACUUUCAUACACAUCACUUAAAGCUAUCAAUGUACCAGUUAAUGAAAAAAUAUUACUUGAACGUUCUACUCAAAUUAAACGACAACGAGUAGAGUCACUUCAAUCUCUGGAAAAACAAGCAAAAAAAAUGAAAAAAAUAUUUAAUAAAAAAUUUCCUGCUGCAUUAAUUGGUCAAACAGUGCGAGUGAAAAUUCCAGAUUUCGACCGAUGUAAAAUUGAUUCUUGCACAUUAUUGGCUAUAGUUGUUGAAAUUAUUGACGAAGAAUUUUAUCGAUUAGGAUCUAAAGCUGGUACAUUGAAUCAAUUAUUCACUAGAAAUCAAUUUACUUUAUGCGAAGAAAAAUUUAUUUCAAUAUCCGAUGUUCCAAAUACAACAACAAGCAUACGCCAAGCUGUUGCUCAACUUUCACUAUCAGGUGGGCAAGGAUUUUUGAGGUGA